UGACACGUGUUUGUUUUCCCGCGAAAUCAGCCUGUCUCUUUGCGAAGUCUGGUGAAGGAUUCUGCUGUGUUGCGCUGAGAGGAUCGAACAACUUUACAAAUGGAUAAAGAGUUGUUUAGUAAGCUUGCUUCGAAGAUCGGUAUAACAUCUGUUAAAGUAUUGAGCCAAGCAGAAGAGUACAUGCGAUUAUCCCAAGUGAAAUGUGUUGGACUGGGUUCUGUGACAGCCACCAGUAAGGCCAUUAUUUGCCUUGAGUUGGCAGCGACUUCAAUGAAAUUUCCUGUAGACAAGGAGUAUGCCAUCAAACUAUCUGGCCUGAGUCCUAAGGUUUACUCCAGCAAUUUGAAGUCUAUGGAGUGCAUGCUGGGCCUGCAGUCAAGCCUGGGUCUCCGAGAUCUUGCAGUGCAGUAUGGGUGUUUGGAAGCAGUUAAAGUGGCCUCUCAGAUCCUUGAACGGUAUGAGACCAGUUUACCCGCAGCUAAGCAACAAGACCUUGACCUGUCUAAGUCUCUCUUUACCACAGCAGCUCUAUAUGCAGCAUGCAAGUGCAUGAAAAUCAAAACUGACAGGAAAUUAGCCUCUUCAUCUGGAGCAAAGAAGGGCAUCUUUGAUCGGCUGUGCACACAGUUCCAGAAAUUUGGACAGGAGAUCUGCAAAGAGGCUUCAUCUGUGGAGAAACCAGUCAAAACUGCUCAAAAGAGGCAGAAUUCUCUCGCUGAAAUGCUAGAAACAGCAGAAGAUGAUGGGAAGAUUGCAACAUCUCCUAAGCAAGAGCGAGUUGAAAAGACAGAGGAGGAAGAAACACAAAUUUAUGAGGAGUGGAAAAGAAAAAUCCUUGAAAAUGCAUUAAAAGCAAAGGCUGUAGAUUCUUGAAGGUUUUAAGUUUCCCAUUUAUUUUAAUUAUGGCUCUGCAUAAUGUCAACAGGAACUUUUGAGUUGGAUUUAACACUCUACCAAGAGAAGUUGCCUGCCCCCCUCUGGCUUCUUGUGUGGAAUUGUUUCAUCCACAAACAGACAUUUCCAGAGGAAUUGAAGCACUUUUUAUCACUGUUUUAUUUUAUUUACCAGGUCAAAGAUAGUUACUAUUUUAGAUAUUGUGCAAAGACUUGCCAAUUGUUAAGUUCCUCAUUUAGAUAAUAUAUUGCAAAUGGCAGGAUUUGUCAUUCAUGCAUUUAGUUUGAGUAAAAUUGUAUUGUUUAGUCUGACAUGGUUUGGAUGAUUAUGCUGACAAUAUGACUUCAUUUCUCAGUGUUCUGUGGUAUUGGUUUGAACUUAAAAUCUCAUUGGAGGUGUAUAAUGCAUUCAAGAUCUUCUAGAUGUGAUUUAUCAAUUUGUUUCAAUAAUACAUGGCACAUCUUUGUUUGAUUUUGAUGUGAAUAAAAUGUGUAUUCAAGACA